GGAUUUCCAUUCUGCUGGUUCAUGACGUUGUGUCAUCAGCUCCUACUUGUCUUUGGCCUGUCACUGGUGGUCACUUUGGCUGGUGGGGGGUGUGCAUCUAGAAGCUGCUACUCAGAAGCCCAAGUCUCCAUGUAUUUUUUCUGCAGCCUCACAGAUGUUCCACCUGUGCCAAAGGAUACAGUGAAGCUUUUCCUGACUUUCAGUUUUAUCAGACAAGUGACUGUGACUUCGUUUCCACUGCUGGAGCACUUGUUCCUGUUGGAAAUCGGAGCCCAGUUAGUUGGUCCUGUUACCAUAGGGAAAGGAGCGUUCAGGAGCCUGCCAGACCUUCCUAUCUUAGACUUGGGAAACACUAAGAUUCUUCAGCUGGAUCUUGAUGCUUUUGUGGGCUUGUCAAGGCUGACUGUCCUCCGUCUGUUUCACAACUCCCUUGGAGACUCCAUCCUGGAAGAGCGUUACUUUCAAGAUUUGAUUAGAAGAAUUUCAUUAGAAGAAUUGGAUCUUUCAGCAAAUAAAAUCACAAAACUUCAUCCUCAUCCCUUAUUUUAUAAUCUAACAGCCUUGAAAAGUGUGAACCUGAAAUCCAACUGGAUAUCCAACUUCUGUCAAACUAAUCUUAACAGAUUCCAAGGAAACUUUUUAUUUUUUAACCUUGGUUCUAAUAAUUUGUACAAGACAGAAGAUGUGGUCGCCAAGUGCUCCAAUCCUUUCAAAAAUAUUACAUUUAAGUCACUAGACCUUAGUAAAAAUGGCUGGAGCACAGAGAGAGUCCAGUAUCUCUUCACAGCCAUUAAAGGGACUCAAAUAAAUUAUUUAAUAUUUAGCACUCAUAUAAUGGGUUCAGGAUCUGGCUAUGAUAACUUUAAAAAUCUAGAUUAUUCUACUUUUGCAAGACUAGGAAGAAGUAAUCUUAGGAUCUUUGAUGUUUCACAGGGUUCCAUAUUCUCUCUCAAUUCUUUAAUCUUUCAAAGUCUUGGCAAUCUGGAAUCACUGAAUCUUUUCAAAAACAAGAUAAAUCAGAUCCAAAGGCAAACAUUUUUUGGCCUGGGCAACCUAAAAACCCUCAAUCUCUCAAGUAACCUUUUGUGUGAGUUGUAUGAUUAUACUUUUGAGGGUCUGCAUAGUGUAACACAUAUUGAUUUACAGCAAAAUCAUUUUGGGAUGAUUGGUGACAAAUCAUUCAGGCAAUUAGUAAAUCUGAAAAUGAUUGAUCUCCGAGACAAUGCCAUUAAAAGACUCCCUUCCUUUCCACAUCUGACCUAUGCCUUUUUAGGUGACAAUAAUCUAAUGUCUGUAGCUGACAGAGCAAUAACUGCAACAUACCUUGAAUUACAAAGAAAUUGGUUGGCAGACUUAGGUGACCUGUAUACUCUUUUCCAAAUUCCAGAUCCACAGUAUAUCUUCUUAAAACAGAACCGUUUCUCUUACUGUGCAAAAAGUGCUAAUGUUAUAGAAAACAAUCAGUUAGUAUAUAUGGAUCUAGGUGAAAACAUGGUACAGCUGGUGUGGGAGAGAGAUUUAUGUUUGGAUGUGUUUGGGGCAUUGCCCAAACUUCAGGUUCUACAUCUGAAUAACAACUACCUUAGUGCUCUUCCACAGGAGAUUGUUAGAGGGCUAACAUCUCUUAAAAGACUUAAACACCUGGCUUCCAACCUGUUGUCUCAUCUUUCUCCCGGGCUUUUCCCACAAAGCCUAACAAACCUAAACUUAUCUGGAAACCAGCUGUUUUCCCCUGAGCCUGAAGUCUUUAUGACUUUGAGUAUUCUGGAUAUAACACAUCAUAACUGUGUCUGUGAUUGUGCUUUAAAGAGCCUGCUGGCGUGGCUGAAUGAAGCCAAUGUGACCCUGGCUGGCUCCCUGUCAGACAGGGGUGACUGCCUGCUCCCCCCUGCCUUUGAAGGGGUGCCCCUGUCGCAUCUGGAACACGAUGGUUGUGAUGGGGACGAACUCCAGCAGACACUCAGAUUCUCACUGUGCGUCGUCUGCUCGGUCGUUCCCCUCGUGCUUCUGGUGGCAGUCAUGGUCUUUGCUCGCUGCCGGGGGAUUUGUUUCGUCUGGUAUAAAACCAUCACAAGAAGACUGAUGGACAACCAACCAUGAGUAGCAGAUAAAAUCCACAAAAAUGACUUUGAAUGGGUCCAGAAUUCUUUACUAAGGCACCUGGAUUCACAGUAUUUUGAUAAAAACAGAUUUACCUUGUGUUUUGAGGAAAGAGAUUUCUUGCCUGGAGAAGAACAUAUCAACAAUAUUCGUGAUGCCAUUUGGAACUGCAGGAGAACAAUAUGCAUUGUGACCAGGCAGUUUCUCAAAGAUGGGUGGUGUGUGGAAGUCUUUAAUUUCGCCCAGAGCAGGUAUAGUGACCUGAAGGAUGUCCUCAUUAUGGUAGUUGUUGGGUCACUUUCUCAGUACCAGCUGAAGAAGCACAAACCAAUUCGAAACUUCUUACAAAGGAGUCAGUAUUUGCGGUGGCCUAAAGAUUACCAAGAUGUAGAUUGGUUUUUAGAUAACCUCUCUUGCCAAAUUCUGAAGGAAAAAGAAGUGCAAAGGAAAACCAGUGGUAUAGAGCUGCAGCCUAUACCAAGUGUCUCACACGGACUGUGUGAGUUCCUGGCAAAUAUCCCAUUUCCAACUGUGCCAUGGCAGGAAUAA